AUGUCGAUUUCAAUUUUAAGGCCUGCCUCAUCAUAUAGGAGGGAGAAUAUCUGUACACUUGGCUCCAUAAAUUCCAACAAAUACUUGAAAAGAAUAUUUGUUUCUAGAAAGAGAGAAGCAGAAACAAAAGUUAUCUCCAACAAAAUGGAGAUUUCUGCACCAAUUACUCCUGGCCAGGUACUAAAAUCCGAAAAUUCAGAUGUUGGGAAUUAUUUUAUAGAUGUAGUAAGCAACUUCAUGGCUAUAAUAUUUGGCAGGAUUUCUGACAUCAACGAUGGCAGAGCUGCUUUAUUAGAAGAUCCGAAUCUCCCGUUAUCUACUAUAAAUCUAGACAGUCCAAGUGUGGCAUCUCAGCUUCUCAGAUUUUUUCUGAUGGAUUCGUCAUUCUUUGUUGAAAAUCGAUUAACAUUAAGAGCCAUAUCUGAAUUUGGCUUGUAUCUGGUAUACAUGUAUAUAUGUGAUCGCACAGAUACCUUCGGAUACUCAAUAAAGAGUUACAGUCGGGAUAUUUUCCUGUUUCUUUAUUUCCUUCUCAUCAUGGUUGCCGCGAUCACUUCUUUUAAGAUCCACCAAGAUAAAUCACCAAUCACAGGGAAAUCUAUACUCUAUUUAAACAGGCAUCAAACUGAAGAAUGGAAAGGGUGGAUGCAGGUAAUGUUUGUGAUGUAUCAUUACUUUGGUGCAUUGGAAAUUUAUAAUGGAAUCCGCGUUUUUAUCGCUGGAUAUGUGUGGAUGACUGGGUUUGGUAACUUUUCUUAUUACUAUGUCCGGAAAGACUUCAGCAUAGCUAGAUUCGCCCAGAUGAUGUGGAGGCUUAAUUUCUUAGCGGCGUUUGUCUGCAUUGUCCUUAACAAUGAUUACAUGUUUUACUACAUAUGCCCAAUGCACACCUUUUUUACUCUUAUGGUCUACGGUGCCCUCCGUAUCCUGAACAAAUACAAUGAGAUUGGAUCAGUGAUAGCGCUGAAGAUGGCUUCCUGCUUCUUGAUUAUUAUUCUGGUCUGGGAAGUCCCUGGAGUAUUUGAACUCGUAUGGAGCCCAUUUAUGUUUCUUCUUGGUUGCUCAGUAACCUUCCUGGGACCAGAAGGAACCCGCUCAUUGAAAGAAUGGCAUGUGCGCACGGGGCUUGAUCGUUAUAUAUGGAUUAUUGGAAUGAUUUAUGCUUACUAUCACCCAACAGUAGAGAAGUGGAUGGAAAAGCUGGAGGAGGCAGAAUUCAAACGUAGAAUAUCUAUUAAAUUGGCUGCGGCAUCUGUUUCCCUGACAGUUGGAUAUCUGUGGUUCGAGUAUAUAUACAAGCUGGAUAGUAUUACAUACCAGAAGUACCAUCCUUAUACAUCAUGGAUUCCAAUAACUGUUUAUAUUUGUCUACGAAAUGUUACUCAGUACUUUCGGUGCUACUCCUUGACCCUUUUUGCAUGGCUGGGUAAAAUUACAUUAGAGACCUAUAUCUCGCAGUUUCAUAUUUGGCAGAGGACUGGCAUCCUAGAUGGAGAGCCUAAACUAGUGCUGUCUUUAAUUCCGGACUAUCCGAUGCUCAAUUUCAUGCUUACGACUGCCAUAUUCGUUGCGAUUUCAUAUAGGCUGUUCCAGUUAACAAAUACCUUGAAGACGGCUUUCAUUCCUAGCGGAGACGACAAACGCUUAAUGCACAACAUUGUCGCAGCUGGAGCGAUCUCAAUUUCCUUGUACACUCUAUCAAUCGCUAUUUGCAAGUUAUCCCCCACUGCUUAUGGGAUGAUGAGACAAGAUGAAAAAUAUGAAGAUAGCAGAUUAUAGCUAGUUGAUAGCUCGAGCGGCUAGCUUUACACUUCAUGAUAUCACUUUGGAGGUGGUAAGAAGAUGUCAUAAAUAGAAAAGAGCUGAGAAUAAAAAGUAUUGCAUGUUGUGAGACUAAUAAAAUACAAGCAAGGAAGAAGGAAAAGUGAAGAGAGAAGAAGAGCUCUUAUUAUUAUGAUGUAAAAUUUGCAAAAACACAAACGCGAUAAGCCUUUUCCAAUACCUGUAAAAAGAUGUUAUUAAUAUUCAUUGAUAAUUUCUUAUUUA